AUGGCGACGGCGCGGCCUUGCGGCAGGGGGCACCCACAGCCGGGGGCCGCACCGCGCGGGCAGGUGGAAAGGCUCGCUUUCGCGAGGAGGCCUGCUGCUUGCAGGCAGAAUGAUUCGGGACAGCAACACAGUCGGGCAGCCAGCCCUCGUGCGGUCCAGGGAUUCCAUGGUGGCGCGUGGGCCGGUUGUCCGAAUGGUGGGACGGAGGGCGACGGGUCGCGGCAAGAUAGAGUUUGGCUGUUGCGGAUUGUGACCGGCGCAAUGGGUUGGCUGCUGUGCGGGCCUGCGGAAGGCGGGACGAGGAGGUGGAUGCCCAGAAGGCAUCACAGACGACUUGGAGAAAAAUGGGACGCUCGGCAGUACAGUGGGGAGGUGGAAGAGGGCAUUGACCGGAAGGCUGGAGUACAGCAACAGAAUGCACAAGCGAUUUGGCAAUCAUGGAUGGCAGGCCAUCAAUCCAAAUCAGGCACAAGAUCCAAAGAGCUUAUCCUCACUGCAACUGCCCCCAUGCAAACACAUGAGGUGCUCGGGGCUGGUACUGCUUAUGGAGCCAGGGAUGGGUAUGCUGGGUUGGCAUGGAUUGCUGCUGUUAUUGUUCUCUCAGUUGCCAUCAUUCCCACCAUCGCUGGAAAGAUAAAUGCUCAACUGAGAAGAAAGAAAGGUGGCAACCGAGGCCGAUGGGUGGCAGACCGCUCGCUGGGAGGUAGACAGGUUUUCGUUCCUGCCCCAGGAGGGUAUCAGGGCCUCAACCCUCUGGACACUGGAGAGCGUGCCCGUAGAGCUGAGUCUGCUCAACAGAUGACACCGGCAGCAAGGAUGCCACAAUGGUGGUCUAUCCCGCCAUCCAUUUAUGUGCCCGAAAGUGUGAAGCAAGAGGCUGCAAAAGGUGCCAGGCUGCUGCUGCAACGCCUUGCCAAUGCAAAGGUGGACGGUCAGGACUAUGCACUCGGCACUGUUCUGGAGUUAUUCAAGACGUGUCAGUCAGGCAGUGUGAGAAUCUCUGGUCGAAGUGAGAACAUCGCCUUGUCUGUCUUCCGUGCCGGGGCGUUGUGGGCUAUCGACUCUGCUGCUGACAGAGCACAGGUUGGUGGGAUCCCACCCAACCAGUUUGUCGCUGGGCUGGCCGAUUACUUGAACCUCGAUGAGCAAAAGGCUGUAGACGUCAUGCUUGGGAUGGUGGCGUCCAGGGCAAGGGCACUUAUCCUUGAGGUGGCAGUGGACAUGCGUAGCCACCGGGGGGAUACCCUCUAUCCUUCUGGCCUGACAAAGUUGGUGAACCUUGUGGGGGCGUUCCCGUUGCAAACCGAAUCUGGUCACGCCGAGUUGAUCGCUUCCAGCUUGAAGGAAUCAACGACGGACGAGGAACGAAGAGAGCUGCAUACAGUUGUCAAAGCGCUGCAUCCAAACGAAGCUCCUUCCAUAGGGGAAAUGGUUGGGAUUGGCACCGAGCCAGGGGUGCAGACUGUGGGUGACAGCAUCAAAGAAUAG